GAAGAAGCGAGAGAUGGACGGGGGGUUCUCCACGCUGCGCUCCGAGGCAGCGGGGGCGGUCAGGACGGCCCUGGUGUCGGCAGAGCACCUGCAGCUCACCCUGACGACCGGCCUGAGCCAGGAGGAGCAGGGCCUCACGCACGCCGCCACCAACGGUGGCCCAGAGGACGCGCAGCCCAGCGGGAAUGAUGACCUCAAAGAGAUGCUGGAGAGCAACAAGGAGUCACUCAAACUGGAGGCCAUGAAGAGGAUUGUUGGGCUGAUCGCCAAAGGGAAGAAUGCCUCAGAGCUGUUCCCAGCUGUGGUGAAGAAUGUGGCCAGUAAGAACAUAGAGCUGAAGAAGUUGGUGUACGUCUACUUGGUGAGGUACGCUGAGGAACAGCAGGACUUGGCUCUCCUGUCCAUCAGUACUUUCCAGAGGGCCCUGAAGGACCCUAACCAGCUGAUCAGGGCCAGCGCCCUGAGGGUUCUGUCCAGCAUCCGCGUGCCCAUCAUCGUCCCCAUCAUGAUGCUGGCCAUCAAGGAGGCGGCCAGCGACCUGUCCCCCUACGUCAGGAAGACGUCGGCCCACGCCAUUCAGAAGCUCUACAGCCUGGACCCCGAACAGAAGGAGCACCUGAUCGAAGUGAUCGAGAAGCUGUUGAAAGACAAAAGCACACUGGUGGCGGGCAGCGUGGUCAUGGCGUUCGAGGAGGUGUGCCCCGACCGCAUCGACCUGAUCCACAAGAACUACCGCAAGCUGUGCAACCUGCUGGUGGACGUGGAGGAGUGGGGCCAGGUGGUGAUCAUCUCCAUGCUCACCCGCUACGCCCGCACCCAGUUCACCAGCCCCUGGAAGGAGGACGGCCUCUUUGACGAGAACAGCGAGAGGGCGUUCUACGACUCGGACGAGGAGAGGAAGGAGCUGGCGUGCGGCGAGGCCAAGCCCUACGUGAUGGAUCCCGACCACAGGCUGCUGCUACGCAACACCAAGCCCCUGCUGCAGAGCAGGAACACAGCUGUGGUGAUGUCGAUCGCCCAGCUGUACUGGCACCUGGCUCCCAGGCACGAGGUCGGCAUGGUGACCAAGUCGCUGGUGCGCCUGCUGAGGAGUCACAGAGAGGUGCAGUACAUCGUGUUGCAGAACAUCGCGACCAUGUCCAUUCAGAGGAAGGGCAUGUUUGAACCCUACAUGAAGAGUUUCUACGUGAGAUCUACGGACCCCACCCACAUCAAGACACUGAAGCUGGAGAUCCUGACAAACCUGGCCAACGAAGCCAACAUCUCCACCAUCCUCCGAGAAUUCCAGACCUAUGUGAAGAGCCAGGACAAGGCGUUCGCGGCGGCUACCAUCCAGGCCAUCGGAAGGUGUGCCACGGACAUCUCGGAGGUGACGGACACCUGCCUCAACGGCUUGGUGCUGCUGCUCUCCAACAGAGACGAGACGGUGGUGGCGGAGAGCGUGGUGGUGAUCAAGAAGCUGCUGCAGACCCAGCCCACACAGCACAGCGACAUCAUCAAGCACAUGGCCAAGCUCUUCCACAACAUCUCCGUGCCGAUGGCGCGGGCCAGCAUCUUGUGGCUGAUCGGGGAGUACUGCGAGAGGGUUCCCAAGAUCGCCCCCGACGUCCUCCGCAAGAUGGCCAAGAGCUUCACGGCCGAGGAGGACAUCGUCAAGCUGCAGACCGUCAACCUGGCGGCCAAGCUCUAUCUGACCAACUCCAAGCAGACCAAGCUGUUGACCCAGUACAUCCUGAACCUGGGGAAGUACGACCAGAACUACGACAUCCGAGACCGCACGCGCUUCAUCCGCCAGCUGAUCGUGCCCAACGAGAAGAGCGGGGCCCUCAGCAAGUACGCCCGGCGCAUCCUCCUGGCUCCCAAGCCGGCGCCCGUUCUCGCGUCGGCCUACAAAGACCGUGACCGCUUCCAGCUAGGCACCCUUUCCCACACCCUCAACACCAAGGCCUCGGGAUACCUGGAGCUCUCUGAUUGGCCGGCGGUGGCUCCUGACCAAUCGGUGAGGAACGUGGAGGUGAUCGAGCCGGUGACAGAGUGGGCUCCGUCGCUGGGGAAGACCAAGCAGGGGAAGACCAAGUCUAAAGCCAAGUCAGAUGAUAAGUUCUACUCUGACUCUGGAGAGGAGGAGGAGGGGGAGGAGGAUGAAGAUGAAGGCUCUGGCAGUAGCAGCAGUGAAGACAGCAGCAGCAACAGUAGCAGUGAAGAGUCGGGCAGCGAGGAUGACAGCGACGACGAGAAGAGCAGCAACGACUCUGACAAGAGCUCCAGCCAAUCAGAGAAGAGCUCCAGCCAGUCUGAGACGGAACAGAAGAAGAAGAAGAAGACCAAGAAAGCACCACAGAAGAAGAAGGCCAAACCCACAGCCAAAGACAGUGACUCUGACGAGAACGGGAACGCUCCCAUGGCCAGCAGCUCGUCUCCUGAGAGCUCCUCUGAGUCCGAGUCCGCUUCUGAAGACGACUCGGCGUCCGACUCGGGCACGGAACAGAAGAAGAAGAAGAAGAGCCCGUCGAAACCCAAGGUGGAGGGGACACCGGGAAAGGAAAUGUCUCUGUUGGACCUAGACGACUGUGAGCUGUCAAACUCUUCUCUGCGCACCUCUGCACUCACAUUGGCUUCAUCUUCACAUGGUUCAUGGCUAAUUUGUCUCAGAACAAUCACUCAGGGAAGACAGAAGCUAACAAACCGACAAACUUCACUAGGAGUCCACAGCUUUUGUGUUUCCUCCCUCAGCACCAAGGAGGACCAGUUCAGCGUGUCCGUGCAGCCUGCUGUGGGGGAGCUGUUCCUGCCCGUCACCAUGACCGAGCAGGACUUCCGCAUCGAGCAGGGUAAACUGUUGGGUAUGAACGAGAGCUCGGCAACCGUCACCAUGGCAGCAGAGAACACCGCCAGCCAGCCAAUCAGCAAGCAGGUAGCCUCUGUGGCCAGUGGCGUGGUUCCAUCUGGUCAGGACAACUUCUUCCGGUUUGCGGGGAAGACGGCCAGCAGUGGAGCCUUGGUGCUGGUGGCCGUGGAGGUGAAGGAGCCGUGCACUGCCCUGCUCACCGUCAACACAGAGAAGAGCGUCAUGGGCUCCAUGCUGCUCCGGGACCUCACGCUGGCCCUGUCUCAGCCCUAGAGCGCCCCCUGCCUCCAGUCCUCCAGCACCACCGACUCAGGGGGAGAGAGGGAGG